UCAAAAUUGUACACCCCAUUACCACAGGGGACACUUACAUUUAUUAUGUUUUGUUUUUCUUGCUAAAUUUCGGAUGUUGAUUUAAUGAUAUGUGGCAUAAUUCUUUUGAAAAAUUAAUUGGGAAAUGGAAUUUUUAAAUCAAAAACGUAACGAUAUAGGUUCGAUUUGAAUGAAACUUUUAGAAAGGGGGUAACGCCACUCAUCGCAAUAGCCAAACAGAGUUUCCCCGAUUUCAAAAUGGCGGCGCGGGGAAAUAGUGGUGGGAUGCCUAGGUCAUAUCCUAGGAAUAGUUCACCUCCGGUCUACCAACAGAAUAGACAACACCCGAUGGAAGUUGGAAGUAUGGGAAGGAAUCCGAUGACUAUGAUGAAUUUACAGCGACCAAAUAGUGCAUCACCUGUCAGUGUUAGCAGUGUUGGAAGUUGUGGCAGUUACAAGAAAAAAGGCAGCAAUGCUAAAGCUGAAAUCUGUGUUGGCGAAGAAUUAAAAAUUUCUAUUAAAAUUGCUCUUGAUGAUUUCAGAUAUGAUGAUGACAAAAAAGAAUUGGAAUUCCCUUCAUCACUGACUGCUACAGAAAGAGCUUACAUUCAUAGGCUAUGUCCUGAAUUGGGUCUGACGAGCAAGAGUAGAGGAAAGAGUAGUAAUCGUUAUCUGACAAUCUUUAAGAAAGACUGCAACAAAAUGCCUUGUAGUGUUGCUACAUAUCAGAUGACAAGAAACUCUAGACAUCAGAUACAUGGAUUGUUGCAAAGAUUCCCUGUAACAAACAAAGAAAGACAGGAAUUACAGCAGAGAACAGAGAGGGGAUAUCACUUUAGUGGAGAAAAUGGGCAGAAAGAAAUAAACAGGACCACAGGACGGUUGAAUAAUGGCAUACCACAAAUACCUCUCAGGAAGUUUGACUCUGAGUUUGAAUUAUUUCGUCAGAGUUUGCCUGUACAUCACAUCAAGGAUAUGAUAAUGACACACAUCAAUGACAAUAGAGUUGUUUUGAUUUCAGGAGAUACAGGGUCAGGUAAAACUACACAGAUUCCCCAGUUAAUUUUAGACAAUAGUUUUGUGACUGGAAGACCAUGUAGAGUAAUUUGCACACAGCCUAGAAGGAUUUCAGCCUUGGCAAUGGCUGAACGUGUAGCAGCUGAAAGAGGUGAGAAGAUUGGACAAACAGUUGGAUACCAAAUAAGGCUUGAAAGCAGGGUGUCUCCAAAGACUGUAUUAACAUUCUGCACCAAUGGAGUACUAUUGAGAACUCUGAUGGGUGGACAAAACUCACUUUCCACUGUAACACAUGUUAUUGUU